AUGGCUUCUGUUAUUGUUAAACCUCCUGGAGAAAUGGGGGCCGACAUUGUUGUGGGAUCGGCCCAGCGUUUUGGUGUGCCAUUAGGAUUUGGAGGGCCUCAUGCUGCAUUUUUUGCAGUUAGGGAGGGGCUUAAGCGAUGGAUGCCGGGGCGCAUCAUUGGCGUAAGCAAGGACUCGGCCGGUGAUCCAUCGGUGCGUAUGGCACUUCAGACGCGGGAGCAACAUAUUAAGCAUGAACGCGCCACAUCCAAUAUUUGCACCGCACAGGCGCUUUUAGCAAACGUUGCGGCUUUUUACGCUAUUUACCACGGCGCCGAAGGCCUCAGGGAAAUCGCUAGGGAGAUGCACGACAAGGCUAAAAUACUCUCUGUUGGUUUAGAGUCUGCGGGGCAUUCAGUGGUAAAUGACACAUUUUUUGACACCCUCACCGUAAGUUUAAAGGGCAUCACGCCAGAGGACUACAUGACACGUUGUGUGGAAAAGGGCAUUAAUAUUUUUGCCAACUAUAGUAAAGGUACCGUCUCCUUCUCCGUGGAUGAGGCUACUACGGAGGGCCAUGUCGUGUCACUGUUGGAGGCGGCGGGUCUAACACUUCCUGUGAUAAGCGUCCUAUCAAAACUCGCAGAACAAAAGAGGGCGUUGCCGUUGCCAAUGUUGAGAACCUCCACCUUUCUUUGCCAGGGAACCUUCCAAAGGAACAAAAGUGAGAGUGAACUUAUGCGGUAUAUUCACCGGCUUGAACGUAAAGAUUAUGGUCUCACGCACGGUUGUGUGCCCUUGGGUUCUUGCACCAUGAAACUUAACCCAGCUGCCGCUAUGCUGCCCUUGUCGUGGUCAGAGUUUACCAACCUUCACCCCCUUGCACCCACGGAGCAAACUCGGGGGUAUAGUGCGUUAUGCCUGGAUAUGGAGCAAAAAAUACGGGAUAUCACCGGUUUGGACGCCGUCUCACUUCAGCCAAAUAGUGGUGCUCAAGGUGAGUACGCUGGUCUUCGUGUGAUUCGCGCGUACCACCACACAAAAAAAGAAGGUCAUCGCAACGUUUGCCUGAUUCCAGAAAGCGCUCACGGCACAAACUUUGCUUCGGCUCUUUUGGCAGGAAUGAUGAUUGUUAAGGUGAGAUGCUUGGCCAAUGGCAGCAUUGACAUGAGUGAUUUGGAAAAUUCUUGCAAAAAGUAUAAAAAUACUCUCUCGUGCAUUAUGGUAACAUAUCCAAGUACAUACGGUUUGUUUGACAGGGACAUCUUGACCAUAACGUCCAUGGUGCACUAUUAUGGAGGGCAAUGCUACGUUGAUGGUGCAAACAUGAAUGCCAUGGUGGGCUAUACGGCGCCUGGAUACAUUGGGGGAGAUGCCUGCCAUGUUAACCUUCACAAGACGUUUUCCAUUCCUCACGGUGGCGGUGGUCCAGGCAUGGGACCCAUCGCCGUUCGUCAACACCUUGCUCCUUUUUUGCCUGAUUCCGUUUUUGUUCAAAAUAUUGGCGGCUCACAACCUUUUGGCCAAGUCUCUCAAGCAGCAUACGGAUCGGCAUCCAUUCUUACAGUGUCGUACAUGCUGAUGAUGAUGCUCGGUUCACAUGGACUGAAGAAGUGCACGGAGUACGCUAUUCUCAAUGCCAACUAUUUGAAGAGGCGUCUUGAGGGUCACUACCCAAUCCUUUUUCUAGGGGAAAAAGAGCUUUGCGCGCACGAGUUUAUUAUUGAUUUACGGCCGUUCAAAAAAACGGCGCAAAUAGAAGCCGAAGAUGUGGCCAAACGUCUUAUGGAUUACGGCCUUCACGCACCUACUCUGGCGUUUCCAGUUGCGGGAACACUCAUGAUUGAACCUACAGAGUCAGAGUCCAAGCGAGAGAUAGAUCGUUUGGCGGAUGCACUAAUUUCUAUUCGUGCGGAAAUUGCGGCCAUCGAGAGGGGUGAACAGAGCACAGCGAACAACAUUCUCAAGAAUGCCCCGCACACGGCAAAGUGUGUUACUUCAGAUGACUGGGACAGGACAUAUACCCGAAGGGCUGCAGCAUUCCCUUCAAGCUACUCCUACAUGGAAAAGUUUUGGCCUUCCGUUGGCCGCAUAAAUGGGACCUAUGGGGAUCGGAACUUGAUGUGUAGUUGCGCUUCUCUUGAUUUGUAUGAAUAA